AUGCCAUCCUUUUGCUACAAGCUAGUCUCCAUGUUCCACAAAUUCUUUCCACCUCCUCUACAUAGCACCUUUCCUCCCACACCGCGACGUUCACGCCAGCAGCGUCUACAACCAAUCCAUAGACUGCCUCCUGAGAUUCUGUCGAGGAUCUUUGUGGCUGCUGCCGAAUCCGACCCAUCAGACGCGACAACCGACCUCAUUCCAUUCACUCUGUCCCAAGUUUGUCGAAUAUGGCGCCUCAUAGCGCUACAUACGCCGGCCCUCUGGCGGCGAAUUCCAAUUGUCGUGGUUCACUCGAACAUGGACGGCCAGCAAAACCUGAUUCAUGCCCGAGUUCUCCGUGCCAGAUCCUCUCCGUUGGAUGUUUGCUUGCGGCCAAACCGUGCGAUGCGCGUGUGGGGCUGGGUCAGGCCAGUGUCACAGCGUUUGGAUGGCCAGAAUGUAGACAGGCUUAUGAAGAACCUCGCAGUCCAGGCUCAUCGUUGGCGCUCGUUCGAGAUCGAAAUCUUCAGUACCAACGCUGAGCCAAGAAUGGCAAGUGCUGCAUUGUCGAGUUUACGUUGGGCUCCUAGAGCCCUAUGGCUGGAGUCAAUGAAGCUAGUCUUUCGCGACAACGAAGAUGCGACCGAGUUUUACCUCUUCUCUGGCUUUGCUCCUCGUUUGAAUCGACUUGUGUUGGACGGCAUACGCAUUGCCUGGCUUCCGACAUUUGUGGGCAUGCUGACUUUCUUAGACUACCGACACCACGCGUUUUCAGAUGGAGAAAAGGCCGCUGCGGAACUUCUCCAUGCUCUCAGAGCAUGUCCAGCCUUGCGAGAAUUGCGCGUCCUUUUUCCCGAUCGUCCUGCUCUUCUUCCUCCUUCCUCCAAAAUCAAGACCCUUGCUCGCCCAUUACCUGCAAUUCUCCGCCGCCUUUCGUCCCUUCACCUCCUUGUGGAUGGCUCUGAAAUUCCCCGCGCCAUGCUCCAUCUGUUGAGCUCGUUAAGGAUGCCUGCUUUGCGGACACUCGAACUCGUCGACUUGGCACGACACCGCAAGCCGUUCCCCAACCUCAGGGCCUUCCAGCGCGUCUGCCCUUGUUCAUAUGAAGUCAUGCGCAUCACGGGGCAGUAUGGAUUUGCGGAGAACGGUCGACAUUUCGUCAACUACCCAGAGAAACGGUUGGUGCAUUUCGCGCCAGUGAUGAGGAAGCCCCACGGCAGGGUGGAAAGCGGUCGGAGCGAAAGUCGCAGAGCAUGA